UAAUAAUACGACGCAAUGGAGGACCAGUUCGGAGGCCGCACAGACGACGAUCUGUUCUACGACGACUUCGAGCCCGUCGAGUCUGAGCCUGUCCUGAUACAGGAAGAGCAGCACUACUACCAGCCCGAGCCCGUUGCUUCGCCUGCGCCAGCUCCAGUACCAGCUGCUCCUCCAGCUCCAGUACCAGCUGCUCCUCCAGCUCCGGCUCCUGCGCAGCAACCCUCUCCACAGCCUGUGGCAACACCUCAACAAAGCCAAACUCCCCCGUCCUCGAAAGCGUCGCCCGCACCCGCUGCCAAGAACAAGAAACCGCUGCGACCUGCCGGAGGUCUCUCAUCCUCCCGCUUCGCCGACAAGCCUGCACAGAAGCCGGCGCCUGCUCCCGCUCCCGCAAAGGCGGCUACCCAGGCCCCGAAGCCAGCUCCUGCACCAGCUGCUGCCAAUGGGGCUACCGGCCAGGCUCCCGAGGAGGCGCCUCCGCAAUCUCCCGGUCCUCCUCCCAACGCGACCACCGGCCCUAGAGAGAAGCCUCGACGCUCGUCACCAUCACAAAAUACUGCUGCCAACGCCGAGGUGCGCUCCAAGUCGGGCUCCAACCCGCGCCAUAAGCUUACCGAGGAGGAACUCGCUGCUAAGAUGGAGAAGAUGAAGCUUCUGUCAGCAGAAAAGGCGCGCAAGUUUGAAAUGGCAGAGCAAGACGAGAAGCAGCACGCAGAGGCAUACGCGCGAGGCAUGGAGGAGGCGCGCAAGAGGAGAGCCGAGGAAGCAGAGAGGCGCAAGCGCGGUGAGGAGGAGAGACGCAAGCUGGAGGACGAGCGAGCAAAGAACAGGGAGCGCAAGCUCAAGGCCAUGAACAUCAAGGACGGCAGCUGGGACGAAGGCAAGGAAGCCCUGGCUGAAGAAGAAGCCAGACGAGGCUUCCGCGGUGCAAACGGAGGCAUCAGAGGGGCAAAGAGCCGUGGUGGCCUAGGCGGAAGUCGGUUUGCCGAAGCACCAGAUGUCGACCGUUUCUUGGACGAUCGUCACCGCGGCAGAGGGCGAGGAGACCGGGGCAGAGGCGGCAACGGCAGCGCCAACGGCAACGGCAGAGGUCGCGGCCGAGGUCGCGGCUCAUACGAUGGGCCUGUCGGCGAAUCCCGCCCAGCGAAACAGCAGAUCCCUGCCGCCGAUGACUUUCCUUCUCUGCCUUCUGAUAACGCUCAGGCGAAGGCAGCUCUGGAGCAGAACGCCAAUACCCAGGCAAAGCCUACCAUGGCACAAGCAGCGGCAGCUGCGGCCAAGGCAAAGUCUGCCGAAGCCCAGGCAAAGCCUUCUAUGGCACAGGCAGCAGCAGCGGCGGCGCCCCCUCCCCUUCCCCUGCCUCUUGUCGUGACAGGCGGCAAGUGGGACGACGAAAUGGAGGCCCUCGACGCUUUGAACCAAGCUCAGGCUCAGGCCAAGGCCGAAGCCAAGUCAUAGUAUGGACGCGAGGU